AUGGCAUCAGGCAUAAGGCCAGCGCGGCACAAUCGACAGGCUAGCAGGCUCUCUGCCUUGACCAACACACCUGAAAAGGACAUAGCAGCAGCGCAAAAACUGCAGCAUGAAGAGCGGGACGAAGCUACCAUUGCUUAUGUCAAGCAGGUAUUAUGCGCCACUACGAACAGUAAAGAUACUGCAGGCGAUGGCGUUGACGAGAGACCAUUGAGCGAGCUUCUGCCACCAUUGACCAGUGACGGCCGAAUUGACAUCCAGUUGUAUAGCAUACUGGCAGUGAUCCUGAGCCAGUUUGUGCAGGCGUGGUAUAACAAGAUCACGCCAGAUGCUAGUUUUGUGCAGGAAGUCGUUGGUGUGAUUUCGCACUGCACGCGAGGCCUGGAACAGAGACUCCAAUACAUUGACCUCGAGGUGCUGUUGCUCGACGAGCUACCGGCCUUGCUGGAAGCUCAUGUGGGAGCCAUCGAGACUGCGAGGAGAGCGGUCAUUCUUCAAGACAGUGGCACCGAUGACGAGGCGAUGCGUAUAUCAGCGGUCUAUCACACUCUCCGACCACACAAUGCAUUGUUUCCACUACCAACGAGCGACGAUUCGACCGUAGCGCAACGGAACCACGAAGCUGUGUGGUCUCAAACCCUGGUCAAUGAAAUCCUGCCCUUACUGCUCCCGCCUGAAGACCUUGUCAACCCGUGCCUGAACGUACUCGUAUCAGAGAUCUUCUCGGAACUGAUUUUGCGCAAUGCCGUGAUGGGGAAGCUAUCAGAACCAUGGCUGCUUUGGGAUGCAGUCACUAAGCUGAUCUACAUCUUCAAGCCAAGCACUGGACGAUCAACUGGAAAUGUCUUGCAAUCACCGACAAACAGACUGGACCAAUUUGGACUACUGGCGGGUGCAGAGGCAAACGCUGUCCAAACAGGCGCAUCUGAGAGCCGUCGUGGCGUGCUUGACUCAUCUGCAUUGACGUUCUGGUCCAUAAUGCAGAACGGCGUCAUGCUCUGGAGUUUGUUACGCGCCCUCGCGAUAGCUCUCAUGAACGCCAGCUCGAGCUCACAGCCAGAACCCACAAAACAGACUACUGCAAACAAGCACAAGGGCCACGCUGGCGCAUCCGACAUCCACCCGUCCGCAGACCCUGAGGAGCGGCACGCUCGUCUUCAACGGCCCAUCGUCAGCAUGGCAAUCUGGAGCUGCAUGAACCAUGUCUCAUCGCUGAGCAAACGGAUGCCCUGGCUUGUUGGAUCUCUCAGCCUAUUGCGAUGGUGGUUGCUGUAUGGUCCCGGUUCCGUCUGUGGUUGGAACAGUACGAUCAACAGGUAA